AUGGAGAAAGUGUGUUUUCUGAUAUAUUCUGCUCUUCUUGUGCUAACUAGAGCCAUUAACGCGAAGAGUAAUACUGGUAAGCAAAAUGUUUAGACUAACAUCUACAUGUUUUUUCUUUUUGAAAGCUGACUAUUAAGUAUGCUUGCUUGUAAAAAGAAAAAAGGAUGGCACCGUAAUUGGCAAAACAAAUAGUGCUCACCACACUUUAGAUAUCGGAAUGUAUUCAGACUGUUCCGGCGAAUGCUUGGUCAUUAACAUAAACGCCGUCAGUUGGGACGGCCGAACAAAAUACUGCAUGCUAGAAUUUAAGUCUAAUUAAUAUCCGAAUCGGUCGUGUCAGUUAGUUGUCGUCAAGCAGUCGCACAGUUAGGACCAAAAAAAAAACAGUAAGUUUAGUGGCUGUGUUUUCGUUUUCGAAUUUGGUAGUAGUUGUAGAAUUUAUCGUCGAAACACAGACAUCAUGAAACCUUUUCAAAUUUACAAUCGAUGCAGCCAUUUUUUGGUAAUAAAGCUGAAAUUAAGGUUUUGUCUCGUUCUUGAGAGCUAGUUCAAUAAACAUUAGUUCAAUAAAAUUAAAGCACGACAGGCUUUAUACUUGUUUCACAUAUUAGCACUUAGGAUCCAACAUUGAAACAAACCUAAAGUGUAUUAAGAAGAAUACUCAUUCGACAGAUCGGUAAGGAGUGGAACUUUGAAAAGGGAGUAAACAUUCUUCGUAUGAAGCUAAUCGCAUACCAAACAAAAGAAAACAAAUAAAAAACGAAAAACACCUAAGUUGGUUUUGGAUGCUAUUUCACUUCAAGGAAUAUUAUUGUUAGAACAGUUUGUUUCUGCUUCUAACCUUGCCCCUAAGGUGUUAUCAGCUAAUAAAGUCAAUGGUUAAUGGAUAGUGUUUUCUUUGUUCAAUUCUACAUUCAGUUUCCGUGAAGAAGAACUUCAGUGGUUCCAGCUACAUUUUCUAUAGCAGCAAUGGUAACAAUUACAAUUGGGAUGAAAGCAAAAAAAUAUGUAACGAACAGUCUAGAUAUAACCUUGUUUCUAUUGAGAGUCGUGAGGAGUGGAACUUCCUGAAUCGAACCAUCCAAAAAGAAGAUACCAUUGAAUACUUCAUAGGUUUGAGGAAAGAUGCAUCAACUAGAGUGUGGAGAUGGUUAAGUGAUAACAGCAAAGUCAAUGCGUCCAAUAAAGGACAUUGGCCCUGGGCAAAAGGACAACCUAGCGACGGAAAUAGUAAAAGAGGAGAGAACUGCGCGCAGAUGUACAGAAAUUAUUCUAGUAACUUUGGGCGCUAUAAUGAUGUCCGCUGUAACUUAUCCCUCGCAAAAGCAGGAUUCAUAUGUGAAUUGACAAGUGGAGGAGGUAAUAGACCCUUAAUUCGCAUUACGCGAAACUGAAAAUAAGAAUAAGGAAAUCGUAUUACGGCCGGUCCCUCUCUUGAAAGUCAGUUACACCGAGGAAGAAAGCUAAAAAGAUUACAUAACAUAGUAUAAACACUAGAUAGACCGUGAAGUCACUUUGGAUCCUAAUAGUGAGCCUAUAAGGACUUCUUGUCACACAAUUGGCUAAAUUAUUUCAAUAUAUCUAUUUAUUCGUUUAUUAAUAUAUUUGUUUGUCUCUUUUUCAUAUAUAGAUACCACACUGUUACCAUUGCUUUGCGCUUUAUUUAAAGUAGGAUAUAAAAUCACAUAUUACAAUGAUAGGUGAAUUUUCAUAUUCUUGUUUAGAGAAAAUUUCAGCGAAAGCGACAGCAUCUACCAUAACAGGUAAGUAUUGGCGUUGUUACUGUUGUCCAGAAGAUGAUGUGAAUUAGUGCUUGACCUAUCCAACAAAUAUGUCUAUAUAUAUGAAGAUGAUGACAAACCUUAAUUACUUUUGAAUGUUUAGGUUUGUUGUUAAGUAUAAAUAAAAGUGUUUGUGCAAUUUUAUAUAUUAGAAAAAUGAAAAUGCUAGUAAAUUACCCAGGACGGAAUUAUGGAUCCCAGACAUCGACAACUGCUCGAAACCAUCCAACUGCAAAUCUUUAACUUUUGAAUUUAUAUCAUAUAAGUAUUUUUACGUUUUAUAUAAAAAACGGAACAGAAAACCUUAAAUUACAAAUGGAUUUGUGUUCCUCUCUAUAAAAAUGAUGGAUCCCAGGCAAAAAACUUUUGGUUCUUUUGUUCAGGUUUGUUGUUAUUUACCACUUUUGAUAUCUACCUACAAGAACAUUUUUAUAUAUUAUUUGAGUUUUUACCUAAAAGUAUUUGUGACAAUUUUUAUAUGUUAGAAAAAUGUUGAAUUUUUAUUGAAAAACUGCUUAUAGUGAAUUACUAACUUUGGUUUUGUGUUCCUCUUUAAUUAAGGACUGAAUGAUGGAUCCCAGGCAUCGAAAACUAUGAUGAAUCUCAGGCAUCGAAAUCUGGACCAUCUACAAUUGCGACAACAGGUAAAAGCUUAUCUACCCUUUUUUUUGGUUAUUACGGUUUUUCAUGCAAAGAUCUAUUCAUUUAUUUAUGUAAUUUUCCCAUGUAAGAUAAAUUCGUACCACACUGUUACUGUUAAUUUGCGCUUCCCUUAAAAAUGGAUAGGCAAUCAUCAAAGCACUGGUAUAACAUACAGAAAAGAACCUUUAAAAAAAUAGAAACAAAAAAAUUAUCACCAAUUUUUUUAACCUCCAUGCGUUUUGUUCCUUUGUCUGUUCUGUUAUUAGUUACCACCAUAAUUAUCAUCAUCAUUUUAUUGACUUUCCAGUAUUUGUAUAAUUUUUAUAGAUGAGACCAACGUUGAAUUUGUAUUGAGAAUGCUAACACGUGGAUUUGAUUAAUCAAAAUGAUUUUACUAUUUUUAAAAAGUUGCAUCUGAACGUUUGGUUCCAUGCCCUAUCUGAAACAGCCUCUUCUUUUAUAUAUCAAAUAAGGGGUCACGUCAGGGAAUACCGUCACUGAACAUCCCUUGGCAGACGAUGUACAUGCUGGCAAGCCUAACUUGAUUGUGAUUGUUGUGGUGCUACUGGCCAUUUUCAUUCUGCUCCUUGUAGUCGCUUUCGGACUUAUGUUCUUUCGCAGACGUCGGAGCCACGAUAAACAAUGUAAGUGCCUUUCACUGUGUUUUCUUUUGUUUCGUAUCUAAAUUUUUUUCUAUCAUGAGGAACAAUCCUUUUCGUGUGUCUUUACAUUACUUUCGUCUCCUUUACUUUUUAUCUUGAGUUAUCCACGUAAUCAGUCAACUGUGCAAAAGAGCAUGUACUUAAAAUCCAUUUUAAAUGUCCUUCUGCAUGAUGAUUGCAGCAGUUUAUGCAUUAUUAUAUUAUUUACUACGAAAAGAACAAAGUGGAGGUUUUUAUCGAGGGCCGAGGGUCGAGGGGAAAAUGUUAAGGGUCGAGGGUUCAAAAUAUGUCAGGGAUUUAUUUAUUUAAUUGUUUAUUACUUAUAUUUCCUCGAGCGCGCUAGGUUUAUUGAUUUGUCGACAUCAGCGCCUAGAUCACGCAAAACAAAACUUGGUUAUUUAUGGCGGUUCUUUCAACGGUCAGGAAACCUCUUUGUUGACGGGUUUCGACGGCUGAAGUAUUUAAGGGAAAAAAUUAAUCAAUGAAGUUUAAGUGAUUUAGACCAAGGGCUCUAAAACAAUAGCAAAUUUCGAGCCAUCAGUGAGUAAUCAGUGUCUCACUUCCGCUUCCCCUCUACCUGCAUCCCAGUCGUAUUUUUACGCCGGCUUUUUUGUAUAUACGAUAUAAAUAUAUUUUAUAAUGCGUUAAGUUUCCCCCGAUCGACCUCGCGAAGUCCUGAGAAUCACAUAUCUAUAGUUUUAAAUAAACAUUUUUUGUACCUUGUGGUCGUAAAAUUCCCUCGUUCUUUUCUGUUAGCCAUUCGCGCGUUUCCACUUUUGAGCCCGCUAAGGGACUAAAAAUAUCGAGGUACUUAAUCAUAGAUUUUCGUAUUACUGGAGCAAAGAAUAUCGUUCGUCCUACCAAGGACCACGUUAUAUAGAGGUUCAUGAAGUUGUGGUUUUACUUUUGGGAGGAUUUUUAUCAACGUUCUCUGAGCAAAGCUGUCAAAAAAACCCUCCAUUACGAAUAACUCACUGAAACACGCGCAAGUGAAAUAGGAGAAUGAGAGAAAGUGCUGAAUGGAGAGGAAACGAGAGCUAACAUCCUGGUAUUUCGGUCACUUGGAGAAAGGCGGGAAAUCUUACGACCACGGGAUACAAGGAAUGAUAUGAUAAUAAAUUUUAAAUAAGCAAAGAAAUAAAUCAAUCAAUAAAUUAGGAAAUUUUUGAACCCUUGACAUUUCACCCUCGACCCUUGACUAAAACCUUUAAUGAAAAGAACACACUUACGUUUCCUUUUUUUUUUUAAUUUUUAAUUUUUUAAAUUUUCUUUCAACACUAACAAUGGCGACGACGGUGAAAAUUAAUUGGUGACACGAUUUUGGGGAUAACUAUGGAAAUUAUGUUACAAUAAGUAAGUAUACACUAGAUUACUGAUACGUAUUUAAGUACAAUUAGAGAGUUUUUGCUUAUUAUUGAGUAUAUAAAAAGGAAAAGAUUUCUUUUCUGCCUCUCAGUUAAAUUUGGCAAACCACUGUCCCAGAAGCGAUUAAAGCAUUUGUUACAAAAAGGAAAAAUAAGCAACGCAACAAAUUGAUCAAAUAGAGAGGCAAUAAAAUACCCUUCAGCGUGUUGCUUUGGCUGGUUGUCGCCUGUCUCCAAGUCAGCGAAAAAUAGUCCUUAAGUUAGAGAUACACACGGCAGUUGUCUUUUGCGUACCAUGGUCCUCCUUACAAAAGCGAGACAAGGUCGGAAAUAAGUUAAGCAGCAACAUCAGAACUGAUGUUACAACAGCUGAGUCAUUUAAUGUAAAACUGCUGACCCUAAAAACAUUAGUUAGAGAAAUUAUCAGAGUCAAAAAAAAUUUUGAUAGUGUUUGAUAAGCAGUUUACUGCGCAUUAUAAAAUUUUCAGAGAAAUGCGUGCGCCGUGAUUGGUCAGAACGAGUUCAUUAUUUAACAAAUAGAUUUCCAGUUGCAGCGCGUCUAUUCAGUAAUAGAUCACAGAUGAUGUCAAAAUGUGGUAAGAACAAAAAAGUGGCACACGAGGCGCAGCUGAGUGUGUCACUGAUGUUCUUACCACAUUUUGACGUCCUCUGUGAUCUAUUACUGAACAGACGCACGACAACUCGGAAUCUAUUUGUUUUAUAUAAUAAAGAAUCAAAAUAUGCGGAAAAAAGUGUUAAUGAUGACGUCAUCUAUACGUCUGUCCUCCAAUAGAUCAUAAGUGAGAACCAAUCAGAAUGCGUGCAUAACUGAGCUUUUUAUAUAAAUUUCCAUAGAGCACGCGCCUUAUGUCACACAAGUGCACUUUUGAGAUAUAAGGCACGCAGCAUACGUCAUCGGUAAGGGCGCGCGCAAUUCAUGAUACAUUUUAGUAUAGGUAAUCACAUGAUUUCGAGUGCACUUUGGAAUAAAUAAGCACGAGUAAAUUUUUUUAAAGACUAACAAAAUUGUACAAGCCCGUAAAGCGAGUGCAAUUUGUGGUCUUUGAAAAAAUUAAAAAGUGCUUGUUUAUUCCAAUCUGCACCAGAAAAAUCAUGUGAUUACGUAUUAAUAAUAUCUAUGAAAAAAUACGAGAUAGCUUAUCAUAAUUACGCAGAAGCAAAGCAAAGCGCGCGCAUCAAGUGCAAAAAUAACUUAUUUAAACUUGUGCAUUCGGUCAAAACAACCGCGUACGAUCAAAACAGUAAUAUCCAAUGAUAUUUUCACAUCUAUAAGGCACAAAAAAGUUGAAAGUCCAGCAAAACAGUUCAAGAAAUUGUUCAGUCUAUGUCCGAAUUAAUUUCGAUGGAAUGGAAUAGUCGUUUGCGAGGUUUAACGAUGUUUGUUUCAAUUUGGUGUAGAAUCGCUGGAGCAAAGUGUUAAGCUGGAUCGGCUCGUAAUUUUCAUUUCGGCCUUGGCAAUUCCCUUCUCUAAACACCACUUUUUCCAAAUCGACAACCAAAAAGCAAUGCUUUUUACAGUGUUUUCGUUGUUAGAGCUGUUUUCCAGCUGCUGUAUUGUUGUUGCGGUGGUGAAAGAAGACCUACUUCAAACGCCGGCCAACGCUCGCGAAUUUUCAGAGUAGCCAAAUGUUAAGACGUCCAAGGCUCGCAAUUGAUUAGCUAUUUGUAAGUUUCUUUGAUUAUUGAACAAUCAGAAUGUUUGGUUUUCUUUGCACUGAGUUAACCCUCUUCUGCAUUGAUUAUUUGAAAACAACUUUUAUCCUAACCAAUCAGAACUAAGUCAUUUUUUCAUAUAUAUUAUUAUAAAAGAACCAAAAAAAACUUGUUCCUCGAGAAGUGAGAGAAGCACUCGCCUGCGCGGCCCGUGCUUCUCUGCACUUCUCUCGUGUUCUUAAAAAUUCGCGCGUGCUUAUAUAACUCAACAAUGCACUCGGCGCGUUUUUAUUUCUUUAACAUAUCAGUAAAGCCUAAUUUCUUGCGUCAUAGAUGAUGUUUAGACGAAGAUCGUGUCAUAUGCACCUACGAGAAGCCUUCGAGCUCUGAACUGACAUCACUCGACCCUGUGCUUGUUCAACAAACACAGAGCUCCGCCGAGCUUACUGUUCACCUAACCCUUUCACGAACGGAAUCUGGGCUGGCCACCUACGAAACAGUGAGCGACUGCAAAAAAGAGUGCGGCUAUGAUAACGCUGAGACUAAUCGAAAGUGGAGUUCAGUAAGCGAGAGGCGUUCAGAUAUUCAGGAAACAGCGCCAGAAAACACAGUGUUAGUGAGUGGUGAGAAAGGAAUACAGCAGCCACCUGCUUUGUGCGAUAAAAAAGAAGAAAAUAAGGAUCAUGUAUACGCUGUUGUUCAUAAAGAAAGAAAAGGCAGAGCCAGUUCUGAAGUGAGCGCCCUCGAAAAGACUGCGGGCCGCCCUCAGGAAGAAACAAGUGGUUUACCUGUACAAUGGGCGUCUUGUGUGGAUCAGGCCCCGUCUCUGACACCAGAGAAUGGUUCGUCUCAUCAAACUAAUUCAGGGCUCGACAACAACACAGAGGCUGCAGGGAGCGAGACACCUCAGGCUGGCGGGAACACUGAAUAUUUGUACGCAGCUGUUGACAUGACAAAAAAGAAGAGGAAGCCGCCACAGGUAAUACAUCUCACAAAUCCUGGCAACAGUUUCUUUUUUGUUUUGUUUUGCUUUUAUUUGUUGGAUUUUUUUUACAUGGAGACGUGUUUCUUCUUCAACGCUGUUUCAUUAAGGAAACAGUCUUAGUCUGUUUACUUCUUCGAUUCAUAAUGUCUAAGUAUGAUAGUUAAGCGUACAGCUGGAGCACAGCAGCUGGAUCUUUGCUUAAGUGUCUAAAGGAUCCUCUGCAACAAACAAAUAAACAAAAAAUACAGGACUAAACUGAUAAAAAUAAAUUUGAAAUAAAAAAAACCUUGAUCAGAAGCAAAGCAAGGGAACACUGACCCGGUUAUCUUAUCAAAUUCGUUUACAAUUUUUAGUGUUUUAUUUCUCAUUUAAUGUUGUUUUUGUUGCUGUUGUUGUUUGCUUGUUUGUUUGUUUAUUUGUUUACCUCGUUACUGUGUUGCUAUUUCACGAUCUGCUCAUAAGGUAUUAUUCUCUGUUCCAUGUUCGAUGUAAAAGCCUGCUCCAUACCGUGGCCUUGUGUACGCAGAUCUGAUCCUUUCCCGCGAAAACAGUGCAAAGCUUGUCAAAGAACAGCCCCAAACAGUAUACGCCCAAAUUGAUCCCGUCAAGACAGCAAGCGUGAAGAUAUCACAGAAGAAUCCGGAGGAGACAAAGGACGGCGAACAUCAGUGA